AUGACGGAUGACAUUUAUUUAUAUUUCGUGUUUAUUUCACAAACAAUAUCAAUGGUGUAGUGGCGAAAAAUAAGUAUUCAUUAGCGAUUUCGUUACAGUUUUCGAUUGUAUUUAGUGUUUAACUAAUUAAAUCAAAACAACGCUUAAAAUGGGAAGUCCAGAAAGAGAACUAUGUCCACCACCUUCGGAGGAAGACGAAUUGACUCUCCCUAGGGCAAGCAUCAAUAAAAUGAUAAAGGAAUUGGUCCCUUCCGUGCGAGUAGCUUUUGAGUCACGAGAACUUAUUUUGAACUGCUGUACGGAGUUCAUACAUUUGCUGAGUUCAGAGGCCAACGAAGUUUGCAAUCAAAGCAAUAAGAAAACCAUAAAUGCGGAGCAUGUCCUGACAGCCCUGGACAGAUUAGGUUUUAGUGACUAUACCCUUGAAGCAGAGGCUGUUUUGAAAGAUUGUAAAGCUGUAGCUGCUAAGAGAAGAAGGCAAAGCACUCGACUUGAAAAUCUUGGAAUACCAGAGGAGGAACUAUUAAGACAGCAACAAGAACUUUUUGCUAAGGCAAGAGAAGAACAAGCAAAACAAGAACAACAACAGUGGUUGUUGUUACAGCAACAGGGACUAGUGGGAGCUGAAGGAGUGCCACAGCCGUACGUCCCACCUCCCCCAGGACCUAGAAUUGACGACGAGGAGGAUGAUGAUUACUCUUAGGUGUAAAACACAUGUUUUUUAUUAGUUUUCCAUACAAGGUAAUAAAACAAUAACAUGAUGGAUAUUUAAGUAACAAUUAAAACUAUUGACCUACCUUCAUGUAUUAAAGUUGUAAUUAUACAGAUAAUAAAUGUAUCCACCAACAAAA